AUGAGCGAAAAUAGUGAUAAUGACGAUGAUAAUAAUGUGAAUAUGAGCGAUUCUGAAGUGUUAAAGGAAUGUGAGAAAGAAAUGCAAGAAAUAUUUGAAUGGAAAGGUUUGGAAAAUCAAAACACGCAACGAGACUUAUCUAAAAAUAAAUUAGUGGAGAAGAGAACCCGCGAAGAAAGUGAAAACAGCGAAGAAAUUAUCGAAGAUGAAUUUACAACGGUUACCAAGAGACGAUCGAAACGAUUAAACAGGAAUACUUCAAUCGUAAAUUCGAAUAAUUUAACUGAUACAAGUACUGAGAAUAAAACAGAAGUAUGCAUAACCUCAUUACAAAUACUACCAAAACAAAUGGCUUUAGCCAAAUUAUUAAAAAACGAAAACAUCGAGAGUAUUACUCAAAUAAAAUACAAAAGUCCUUAUAAAGUACUUAUUGACUUUGAAAAUCGACAUGAGGCUGAAAAAUUAAUGAAAUGCACCAAAAUUAAUGAGAUGGGUGGCAGAUGUCAGAUAGUAUCUGAGAUGGCCUUAUCUUAUGGAAUAGUAAGAGGAGUAGAUUUAGAGCUUGAAGAUAAAGAUAUUAUUGAGAUAUUCGAAUCCUGUUACAAAAUUAUUUCAGUCAAUCGAUUGAAUCGUUUAAAUACCGAAGGAAAAUGGACAAAAAGUGAAACAAUUCGUAUAUGCUUCAACAACUCAACACUUCCACCGUAUGUAUAUGCUUAUGGGUGUAGAUUUAAAGUUGAACGAUACGUAUUUCCGGUCACUCAGUGCUCUGGCUGUUGGAGAUUUGGACAUAUAUUAAAAUUUUGCCCAAGUAAAAAUAUUAAAUGCCCAAAAUGUGGUCAAAACCACAAAAAUUGUACCACUACAGAUAUAAAAUGUCUAAACUGCAAAGGAAAACAUUUCGUUCUGGAUAAAUCUUGUCCAGCGUUUCUUAAAGAAAAAGAGAUUCGUAAAAUAAUGAGUGAAGAAAAUAUAACGUAUAGAAAAGGCCUACAAAUAUUUUUAAGACAGAACAAAGGUGGAAAUACCGAAUCAUAUAUAAAUGAAAAUAUGGACUGUCAAUCAGUCGUCCUUCCAAUUUCUUCUAGACCCACUUAUAGCAGCGUUGUCAAAUCAAAUAAACCUAUAAUGAAUACAAAGGAAAAUAAUACAUUUUUGGAGAGUAUGGAAGAAGAAAACCAAUCAGACUCGUACAGUAAAGAAGAUCAGUCAGGCAUAAAAUCAACAAAAACAAAGAAGACCACAAAAGAAUAUCAACAGGAAGAUUAUAUGUGUGAUACUCAUGAAACUGAAAAUCAUCAUAACACAUCUGAGUAUCCAAAUAACAUAGACAGAAAAAACAUUUUCAAAAUUUUAUUAAUUAAGAUUAAAGAAAUCGUUAUAUCUAACAUGACCCUAGAACGUAAAUUAGUAUUGAUAUUUAAAUUAAUAUUUGAAGAAAUUAAGAAUUAUAUUUUGACUAGUUUUAAAUGUGGAGACUUUAUUAAACCAUUAUUUGAUAUUCUUUAUGGAUCAUAGUUCUCUUAAAGUAUUCGAUGUAAACGUGAUGCAAUGGAACUCACAAAGUCUAAGGCCAAAAUUCGUAAGUUUUUUCUCGCUGUUAAACCAAGAAAAAAUUCAUUUAGCUAUAAUCAGCGAAACGUGGCUUGAAGAAGAAGUACUUUUAAAUACGGGUGAGUAUAACCUUUAUAGAAAAGAUAGGGCUGAUGGAUAUGGGGGAGUUGCAAUUUUAGCUCAUCGUUCUCUUGUUACACAUGCGACCCCAGUGACUGUAACUAAUUCAGGAAUAGAAAUAAUAGCUAUAAAGAUUCUCAAUUGUAAACAUAUUGAACAUGUUGUGUCCGUUUAUUGUCCUUCCACGAUACAUACUACUCAAUUGAAUUGGGACAGCCUCUUUUCGGCUUAUAAAAACAAGACUUUAAUAGCUGGUGAUUUUAAUGGUCACCAUACCAAUUGGUCAUACAAAAAUGACACAAGAGGAAUGCAGCUAUUUGAUUCAGCCUUAGAAAACAGCUUCAUAUCACUUAAUAACGGUCAGGCUACGAGAAUUCGAUUAGUCAAUGGAAUCCUUCAGGAAUCAACUCCCGACAUAACGUUUGCAUCAAGUGAUAUUGUUACAAGUUUAAAUUGGCAAACUAUGAAUGAAAAACUUGGUAGUGAUCACCUCAUGAUCAAAAUAUCAUUACACUAUACAGAUAAAGUCAAUAUAACCAAAAAAAGGAAUUACAAGUUAGCGGAUUGGACAGGUUACAAGGAGGAAUUAAAAUUAUCAUUUGAUAGUUGCAGUGAGUUUUAUGACCAAAAUUUACAAAAUAAAUAUAACUUCUUCGAAGAAAAAAUUAAACAAGCUGCUGACAAUAA